CGUUGGACAGGUCUCUUUAAAUUCGAGAGUAAGUGAAAAGUGCUCACCGCUUUGUUCGCACGGGCUCACCAGGCCCUGGAGCAGUUUGCCUUCCCCUCCGCCACCUUAAAACCAGCGUCAUGUAAAAGAAGAAGCGCCGUCAGAAGGGGGCGCAGAUGCGCCACCCAUGAUCCUCCAGCCGCUAUCACCACCGGCUGGCGACCCCCUUGGCCGAAGGCACCCUUACAGGCACCGGCCCACGAUGCCUGGGGUUUGGCGAAGACCACGAUGAACCUCCCUAACCUCCUUCUGAUAUCGCUUCUGUGGUCCCAUGUCGCUGUUGUCGCGCCGCUGGUGGUGCGUCAGCAGCAACAGACGAGCGUGCGGGAAGCGUUGCAGAAGCUGAGGCGGCAUGUUGAGCUUCAGUCUGUGGGCGACCCGGUCAACCCGGCCGACCCGCACCAGGUCGAGCCCCCGGCGGCAGUGGAUGAGGAGACAAACGACGUGGACACGCUGCUGAGGAGUCGGCGCCAGGAAAGGGAGCAGGCCGUCAUGGUGCAGAUCAACGUAUUCAACAACGACGGCAAGGGCUAUUGGCACAAGAAGAAAAAGACGCCCGGUGCCGGUAGGAACAGGUUGACUUCGACGAGCCCGUCGGAGCAAGGGUUUACGACGGACGAGUCACCCGCCACCACUUGUCAAGAAAGAGAUAACGACAAGAUAGAGGAGGUGGCCGAAACCACCCCAACCUUGAUUGCACGUUCACCUUGCGGAGGUGACAGUGCGCAAGGGAUGGGCGUUGAAUGCGCUCCGCAACAAGAGGAAAAUCAAGACGAAAGUCACUCGGAACCACCGCCGUACCUUCCGCGUUCCGACGACCAAUUCGAUUACCACGACGAACAGUUGAUCCCAAAUCAAAGACCACAUGGGCGGAUGAAGGCGCUGGACGAGGUCUUGCCGGACAUAAAUCGCAGGAGAGCAAGACCUUACCUUGCAGUCCUACCAGAGGUCAGCAAGAAACUGGGCGACCAUCGCGCCGAGGCAAAACCGGCAGGUUUAUUUCCGUUCCGGCUGCCGGACCAAGCGGAAGCGGACGAGACGUCCCAGAGAGAAAACACGCGGUCACCGAUAGUACAGAAAAUGCUUGGCGUCUUCAUGUUGCGCGCUCCGAAUGUACAGUCGGAGCCGACGACUCUGUGUGUCUGUUCCACCACUCCGGGAACCGUUAAACCAAAGCCCGCCGUCCCUCUGUUUCCCUGGAUGGCCGGAAGAGGCGUCAAGGAACUGGCUGGAAGACGGUGGUCCCAGCGGGAACGGUUUCAUCCGAACCGCGCUCCCACCUACGCGCCGCUGCCCCUGGAAACGGAAGCCACCGUGCCACCGCCCGAUUAUGAAAACUAUCCGGUCCAAGAGAAUGAGGACGUCCAGGUCCAUCGGAGCGUCGGUGGCGCGACUGGAGGCUCUUACAGUCGCCGUGGAGCUCGGUCCCACGCGAAGAGCGUGGCUAGGAAUCCGUUCUCGGUGGUGCAUUUGAAGGCCAAGCCGCGCCCUCGGAUCAAAAGAGACAUACAGCAGCCCGUGCAGCCGGGUCAGUACGGAUGGUGUCCGUGCCAACCCUCCCCGAAACCCAAAUGCAGGAAGACGACGCACAGGAGGAAACCGUGCACUAAAUCUAGGAAGCCGUGCACCAGGUCCAAGAAGCCCUGUCGAAAGGCCACCACGAGUUGCAACAAGAGUCUUUCUUGGGGACAAGGUCCGAGCUAUGCGCCGCCCGCGAACUUCCUGCCGUUGCCCCCGGGACAGUCUCAAGACCAGUGGAGUUUGGCGGGCCGUCCGUGACGUCGUUCGAAACCGGUCACCGGUGCAGCUCUCCUCGGCGACCGCGAGAUUGUGCAUCGCGUGGUAGCGCGACAUUAAUCCCACUGUUUGUCAUCUUGGAAAAUUAAGUUUGCUGUUAUGAAUGAAUCAAGUAUAAUGUCCAUUUUAAUUAACUGUACAAAAAAAAAAAAAACUAUAGACCUUUUGUAUGUUUUGUGUUUCAUAAAAAAAAAUUCUUAAAAAAAAA